AUGGACACUCAGAGCGUCAAAGAGAACUAUGAAGCCAUCGGGGAACCAGGGCUUGGUGAAGAGCCAGCUAGAGGGGCCCUGUCUCAGGCUUCAUGUGCUCCAAACGGGGAUGCAAAAGGUGGUUUGGAAGCACAGAGUGACCAAGGCAGGAGUGGAGAUCCAAGCCUUGGAGAGAAGCUCCAAACUGAAGAAGGAGACCAACGUGCAGCUAGCAAGGAAGGCACCUGCAGCCUCCUGGGGCUGUCCUUUCCCAGGAAACUCUGGGCAAUAGCAGAGAGUGAGGCCUUCAAGUCUGUGGGCUGGAGUGAGGGAGGAGACUCCGUGAAGAUUGAGAUCUGCCACAAUGCCAACUUUCAGAGGGACAAGCCGAGGCUGCUGGACAACAUCUUGAGGAGAAGAGGCCGACGCAGCCCUGCUCAGGAAGAGCCGUGCUGCAAGAGGAGGAAGCUCAUCUGCCUCCGACGCUCUCCACGCCUGCAGAAGAAGGAGGAGAACGCCAUCUCCCCGAAGCAGGCCCCCGACGACUGGGCUCCCAGAGGCCAGGACACCUUCAUUCCACCUGCUGUCGCUGGAUGCCUCCUACCAGUGUGCCCCCCUCAGGAGCACAGUGUCCCCUGUGCAGAAUGCUCCUCUGAGGAUGGCACCACGGUGUCUACAGCUAGCGACAAUGCUGAGGGGUCUGGGCAGGUGAGCAUCACAUGCUCACAGUGCCCGGCCUGGGGUUCGGUGAAGUCUUUCUACAACAAGUGCUGUUCCACGCUGAAGGCUGCCGUGUCUGCCAUGUCCUUAAGUGAGCUGUCUGAUGGAGAGAGAGAGGAGGGCUCCCCAAGUGAGUCCUCUGAUGAGGAAGAGCAGGAGGGCGCCCAUCACAUUCAGCCCAUGCAGGGCAGCGAUGGAGCAAGUGAUGGCUUCGGGGAGAAGAACAUGCACAGUGAACUGCAUGGUGUCUCCCCGUCAUAG